AUGUUUUAUCUAACAAAACAAUGUGUAUUUUUGCCUAAAAUAAAACAUGUUUUAAAUACUUCUAUUCGUUGUUUGACUCAUCAGGUACCUUCUCUUUAUUUACCAUGGAAAUGGCAGAAAGAAGGGUUUCCGCCUUUAUUUUCUUCUAAAGCUCUUGAAAUUGCAUAUUUUCAUAAGCAAAAAUAUCAUUUGGAUGAAUUGAAUCGAUUUAUUAAAGGUACGGUUUAUGAAGAUAUAGGCGAUGUUGAAAGUAUUGCACACCAAUCUGCAUACAAUGCAUCACAUUCAUACAUUUAUAACCAUGCUUCACAAGCUUUUAAUAAUCAUUUUUUUUUUUUGGGCUUAAAAACAACGAAAGAGCAGAUGGAACCUCAAUUAAGCUUUUUGGACCAGAUUGUAUCUAGUUUUGGUGAUUUUCUUACAUUUAAGGAGCUUUUUAUUCAUACUGCACUGGCUAUGUUUGGAUCAGGCUGGAUAUGGCUUGUACAUGAUUUAGCCGAGCAGAAACUGAGGAUUUUUCCGACGUUUAAUGCAGGUCAACCGUAUCACGAAAGACGUUCUGUUGCUCAAGGAUUGAGUGCAGGACAACCGGCAUUUCAAGCAUCAGUAAAUAUGCAUGAGAAGUACGCAGAUACAUUAUUAGUCCCUCUCUUGACUGUUAACUGCUGGGAAUACGCAUGGAUAUAUGAUUAUGGUGUUUUUGGAAAGGAAACGUAUUUGCGUCGCUGGUUUGAUUGUAUUAAUUGGCAAGUUGUAAUGGAACGUCAAGCUAAUAUAUGGAAAAUAAAUCAUCUAAAUGAACCAAAUAUUAUGUCGUUAAAUGAUGCUUAA